CAUGGCCAUGACAUCAUCACAGGUCCUUCAGCCUCCAGGAUGUAACAUCUUGCUCCUGGUUAUUGUGGGACUUGUAGUUCUUUAUACACCUGUACACAAUGCACACAGGGGCUUUAUAGAGGGGACAGGACGCCCCCCGAAUAUAUCCUGAAGAGAAGGAAAACUCCAGCGCCGUAUAUAUAGGAUCUAUAGAGGAAUGUCACCGACCACCGAGAGGAUCCUAGAGCUCAGCCUGGAGAUCAUCUACCUGCUGACCGGAGAGGAUUACACAGUAGUGAAGAAGACAUCUGGAGAGUGUGUGGCCCCCAGCAGGUCAGGAGGAUGGAGCAGGGCCCGGGGCCCCAUCACGGAGCCUCCACCUCCCUCACUGAUACCUGAGAGGAACAAUGAGCAGAAGAUCCUAGAACUCACCCACAAGAUGAUGGAGCUGCUGACUGGAGAGGUUCCUAUAAGGUGUCAGGAUGUCACUGUCUAUUUCUCCAUGGAGGAGUGGGAGUAUAUAGAAGGACACAAGGAUCUGUACCAGGACAUAGUCAUGAUGGAGGACCACCGGCCCCGAACAUCACCACCGGAUGGAUCCAGGAAGAGGAACCCACCAGAGAGAUGUCCUGCUCCUCUGGAUUCCCAGAACUGUCCGAGAGGAGAUGACAAUAUCCUACAGGAUGAUCAGGUCAAUAACACUGAGAUCUCUUUAAAUAUUACAUUUAAUGACCACAACCUUAACUUUUACAUGUAAUUUCAAAAGAAUAAA